GUGUAUUAGACAGCGUGUAUUAGACAGUAUGUAUCAGACAGUGUGUAUUAGACAGCGUGUAUUAGAGAGUAUGUAUCAGACAGUGUGUAUCAGACAGCGUGUAUUAGACAGUGUGUAUUAGACAGCGUGUAUUAGACAGUAUGUAUCAGACAGCGUGUAUCAGACAGCGUGUAUCAGACAGCGUGUAUUAGACAGUGUGUAUCAGACAGCGUGUAUUAGACAGUAUGUAUCAGUGUGUAUUAGACAGCGUGUAUUAGACAGCAUGUAUCAGACAGUGUGUAUCAGACAGCGUGUAUUAGACAGUGUGUAUUAGACAGCGUGUAUUAGACAGUGUGUAUCAGACAGUGUGUAUCAGACAGCGUGUAUUAGACAGUGUGUAUUAGACAGCGUGUAUUAGACAGUAUGUAUCAGACAGUGUGUAUUACAGUGUGUAUUAGACAGCGUGUAUCAGACAGCGUGUAUCAGACAGUGUGUAUUAGACAGCGUGUAUCAGACAGUGUGUAUUAGACAGCGUGUAUCAGACAGUGUGUAUUAGACAGCGUGUAUCAGACAGCGUGUAUCAGACAGUGUGUAUCAGACAGUUAAAUGACUGUAAGACUUGAAGUUCUCUUCCAUUCGGGCGGAACAGGGAACAGUUUAUUGUACGUGUGUGGACGUGUGUGGACGCGUGUGGAUGUGCGUGGACGUGUGUGGACGUGUGAACAGCUGCACAGUUACUCAGUGAUGAUGUCACUGCCGGGGCGUGGUCGUGUGUUGUAUGCAGGAUGUAGGCGUGGUGUCGGUGGUUCUGCUCAGUGCUGCUUGUUCGGUAAGGUGGAUCAUGAGCAACUUCAGCGCGACUACACACUGCUGAUGAGGACAGAGCUUGAAGAUGCUUCACGCCGUUGGAGCUUUGAUUUUACCACCAACAGACCACUAGUGGGUGGAGACUUCGAGUGGGUGGUCCUUCCUGAGUCUCGAGUUCCUUUUGUUUACCAAGAUCGCACAAUAGUGGUGAAGCCUCAAUCGAAAGCAGUGGAGCCAGCGUCUGACCACACGAAGGAGGACGUUCCUAAAACACCUGAGCAGUGUGAUGAAAACACACAUAGUGCAGAGAAACACACACUGAAGAGGAAACAGACCAACAUCACAGAUUUCUAUCAGGCCAAAAGGCGAGUCGUCACGACCAGAAAGACAGGCCAGUGACAUGAGGAUACACACACACACACACACACACACACACACACACACACACACAAACACACACUAUACUCAUGACUGUUUGAAGGACUUCUUAAAACCCUAUUAUGGUGUUUCCUGUACAACAGUUAUUAAUUAUUGUAUUGUAUACAAUGUGUACAAUAUGUAUUGUUGUGUUUGUGUUGUUGUAGGAGUAAGUGUAAAUGCUUUAUGAUUUGUCAUGUAGUUGUGGUUAACAGUCCGUACUGCUUCUGCUCCAAACACUUUAUUUCACUUACUUUUAUUUAAAAAAAGGAAGCUGAGACAAAUAUAACCUAAGAUCUCUUACACACACACACACACACACACACACACACACACACACACACACACAUUGUAAUCUACACAGUCCUACAGAUUUUAUGGGAGUUAAUGAUGUGUGUAUACGUGCAGGUGAAAGGAUUAUAUCAAUGUUAAUGUGGAAAUAUUGAAUGUGUGUACCAGAGAAUGUGUUAUAAAUGCUGUGUGUAUGUAUUGUGUGUGUUUGUGUGUGUGCAGAUACAGAGUAUUGACUUUAUUUAUUUAUUAAAUGAUGAACAUUAUAAUGUGUAAAAAAAAUUAAACAGCAGUUCUGCUUCUUGA